UUCAUGUUCUAUAUGAACCUCUAAGAUCCGUGCAGAGAGUUGGCUGAUACACGGCGUAACGAGUAGGAUUUUACCUGAUCUAUCUAUAGCCUCAGAUUUCGUAUUACUGCCUGUGCUGCACUAAAAUACCGCGCAACUUAGACGUUGCAUGGUGUUCUUAAUUGAAAUUUCAUCUGGAACUUAUUAAGGAUUGGCUGAAUAACAAAAGGGAAACAACGCCAUAUUUACCACUAUUUGUAAAGUUCACUUUGGAUACGAUGGAGCUAGACGAAAUCUUAGCAGAGUUGAAGGCAGAGGACGAAGAUGAUGAGUCGUACAUUCAUACAUCGGAUGAAGAGUUUGACACUAAUGUCGAUGAUAUUGGUGAAAUGUACUUGUCUAAAAAUCUCAGAGAAGACUAUAUCGACCCAUGCAGUCUGUCGACCAAUGUGUUUCGUCCUGACAUGAAAUUAAGCAGUGAUAUCAACACUACUGCAAAUACGCGAUAUUUCGUAAAGAACGAUACAAUGAUAGAUUCGAAUGUACCAUCUACAGCAGAUGAAACUGUGGAACGUUAUAAGGAAGCUGAUGAAACCAGGCGAAAUCAGAAAGUUUUUGAGAGUGUUGUUGUUGAUUCCCAAUCAGACUAUGUGUGCGAUUUUUGCAACACAGCUUUAAAAGAUCGUUUCUGUUUAGUACAACACAUGGAAACCCAUUUCGGUCCGAUCAUAAAUGCCGAUAGAGGGAUAGAGGCGAAAAAGAAAUGUCAAGGUCAAUGCUGUGAUAAAACGUUUAUACACAAAUCAAAUCUUAAAAGAAACAUAACGAAUCGCAAUAAGGGAGCAUGCAGUGGGAAAGAAUCCUUACCGUGUCCACAUUGUGACAAUGUCUAUAAAUGUAAAAAAUACCUGAUGAACCAUUUGAAAUACGUGAAGAGAAGCACUGAAAGCACAUUUACGUGCUCUGUGUGCAAACGGAUCCUUAGUUCAGCACACGCUUUGAAGGGACAUCAAAGGAUUCACCUUGUAAAAGAUGCUACAAACAAACAGCUACCCGGCAACACUUACAAAUGCGAGAUAUGUUAUAAGUCGUUUUCAAGAUUGGAAUAUCUUUUGCUUCACAACGAAACUCACAAUGGGACGCAGAAAUAUGAAUGUCACGAAUGCAAAGCAAAUUUCAGUCGUGAAACUGAUUUCAAGCGACACUUAUAUAUCCACACAGGCGAAAAACCCUUCAAAUGUAACCUAUGCCCGAAAGCAUUUCGGCAACCGGACGAAUUAGGUCGCCAUAAGAGGGUGCAUAGCGGCAAAAACAAAUGUAGAUUCUGCGAAAAGGCAUAUUAUCGCGAAAAUGAGCUUUGGCAACACGAACUUAAACACGAACACGAAUUGGGUAUCAAGUCAGAGAUGCAGAAAAGGCAAUGCAAAGUUUGCCAGCGUAUCUUCAGUAACGAGUUGAACUUACGCAAUCACAUUGAGUUGAAACAUGCUUAUGUCACCGAAGAUGUAUUGUCGAGUGGAACAAAACUGACAUACAAGUGUUCAUUUUGUGGUAAAUAUAUAACCACAAUUAGCAAUCUGCGUAAACACGAGCAACGGAAACAUGCAGUUCAACCAAAAGUGCGACCCAAUAAACUUCAAAUGAUGCAUACAAUUGUUCCUUAAGGACGUAUGCUGCAGUUUCAAUGCAAAUUUUGCUCCACCUAGAUUUUGAUAAUUUUUGGUAUUUAGGUAGAACCAUCUGUUGUGGAUAGAAAAAUAAAAUAAAAAAUCAUG